UAACAACUAAUGUUAAAAAUUGUUUUUACAUGUAACUAGGGGGAAAUAAAAUACUAAAGAAAAAAAAAGAAUUUCGUUUUGGAGGGGGUUGAAGGGCUGGAGCAGUCGGGAGAUGGCGGUCUUCGGGGUUCAGUUAAAACGCUCAAACUGCCUGAAAUGCUGUGUAUUGUCAACGUGGGGUAGCGGGCCUCUGGGGUUUAGGGACUGUAUAAAAGGAAUCUGGAGAAUUACAAAGAGGGCUGCCUAUCCUCACCCUAUUACGCCCUUGCGUUUUGCUGGAAAAAACAAAACAAAACUUUCUGCUGUUUCACAGAUGAGGUUCUGGAACUUUGGAACUGAGACGCCAGCAACUGUGUGUGACCUAAGAAAUUAGGAGACGGUAGGGACUCUGAGGAUGGGAGAGCGGGACUAGAUAUGUAAGGAGAGGCCACUUUUGGCACUCGGCGGGUCUUUGCGCACCACUUGUGUCUUAUACAGCUAUUUGAGGACAAAUGCGCAGGACUAGUGUUUAAGUGCGCUUAAGUCAAUUGGUAAGAGAGGUAUACACACUGCUUGGUGGCGCUUGCUUGAAUUAGGAUGUCCUGGCUAUCCUCGACCUUUCCCUCCAAUUGUGGGGAAUCUCUGGGCAGGUCACAUAUCCACUUAGGAUUCCAAUUGAGUCUCAGGCCAAGAUUUGUGCGUGCCCUUAAGGUCAUUUUCAGCAAUCCCCUUUCUUUCCAGGGUUUGGAGAGUUUCAUGUCAAACUCAGUUCUGCAAAGUCUGCGCUGGUCUGGAGUGAAAGCUAUGAGUAAUCGUAACGAAGGCACUGCGUCACCACAUAACCUAGAUUAGAAACAGCCUCCUAAGGCUUGCCUUCUGCCCUGGCCUCUCCCAACCUCCUUGGCUACUAAUGCCCACUCUCAGAACGUUAAUUGUUUACAUGAAGUAUGUGCAGGGUUGCCAAUAAUACUCAAGCCACAUCCAAAGCAGUGCAGGCUACCUUUUUGUCUACCAGGGUUCUCCGUGUGACUCCAUGGAGCCAGGACAAAUUCGCAGAGGCCAAAAAAGGUAUGAGCUCCUGGCGUCCGAGACCAGCUUCAGUUCCUGAACGUUAUAUUAGGCCCCAGGUGGAAGGAAGGGGUAGCUGGGGAGUUUAGGUACAGGGACAGGUGCAGGCGUGACAGGCUCUGAGCUUUGUUUUCGGCUAUUUGCGGAACUGAGGGAGGACAGAUGAGCCUCAAACUCGGAGGGGUUUUUAUCUCUUGCACUGAGCAGCAGGCUGUUCUGCAGUCCAGACUUUCCCCACUACUGGCUGCCCCGGUAAGAGAUAGCGCGGCUUUGGAGCUAGGGGCAAGGGGAGACCAAAUUGGCGUCAAGACUCGGUCCCCCAGCUCUAGUCCUGCGCAAUGAUCAGGUUAAACGUGUCCCUCUCAUGCCUUUGCAGAGCCUUCCUGAUGGCAAGUCUGCAGCUGCUGCUUGAGCUCUUCCUCCUUGUGUCGGCCUGGAAGCCUCUUGCCUGCCUGGACUCGAUCUCGGCUCUUGAUAUCGGUCCUCAGAUCCCACAUAAUGGGAGUGUGCCCUUGAUCAUUGACGUGCAUGUAUUUGUGUCCAACGUCUUCGAUGUGGACAUCUUGGAGUACACAGUGUCCUCCUCCAUGCUACUUAAACUGUCGUGGCUCGAUCCUAGCCUGUCCUGGCAUGAGGAUACAAACCCACGGAGCUUCAUCACUUUGCCGUCACACUUGCUGUGGACCCCGGACUUCACCAUCCGAGAGGCCCUCUGGGUAGAUUGGAGGGAGCACAACCCACGGGCUCGGGUGAGCAGAGAGGGUUUCAUAGAGCUCUACCUUUCGCUCACCACCAAGACUAACUGCGACUUUGAACUUCUCCGCUUCCCCAGUGACAAAAGUGACUGCAGCCUCAGUUUCCAUGCUUUUAGCAACACAGCUCAAGAGUUACAGUUUCAUCCCCACGCAGUGAAUGAGAUUUUCAGUGUGAAGCGGGACUAUAUGGUUCGAGGCUUAAAAGCCCAGGUCCCGCACUUCCAGGUGGCACCUUGCUUCCAGCUGACGCUAAGUCUAGAGAACACGGCUGUGAAGACAACAAUGGCCUUGGUAGUGCCAGGGGUGGCAAUACUCCUGGCAGAUAUAUGUGGCAGCCUCCUGCCUCUGAAGACUACUGAACGUAUCUCUUACAAAGUGACACUGCUGCUUAGCUACCUUGUCUUCCACUCGUCUCUGGUACAGACCCUCCCCAGCUCUUCCUCCUGCAAUCCUCUCCUAAUUUCCUACUUUACAUCGCUACUGAUACUACUCUCCGUGAGCACCAUAGAGACCGUGUUAAUGUCUGCCUUGCUGGCUCGAGGCAACUUCAGCCCGAAGAUCAGCCCAAAUCUAGCCCCGAGAGAGGAAGGGUUAGACACCGCAAAUCCAGGGCCCAGAUCUGAAGGGGAGGGUGCUGCCACACAGAGGGCAGCCUCCAGUCUCAGCGUUUCUCUCACAGAGCCCCAGAGGAAAGCUGAGGAGCCAGGGAAGACUUGGGCUGAGGCUAUGGACCACAUCUUCUUGCUGACAUAUGUAAUCAUCACCGGAUGCAGUCAAAUCAUCUUUGUCAUAGUCUGGGUCUGGUGGGAAUGCAAGUCUGACCUGCCUCCCGCUAUGGACGCUCCCUAUGGAGGAAAGCCCAACUUCUAAAGGGGUAACAUCAGAAACUGGAUUCAAGAUUCUCAAGGACCGAGUCCAGACAAAUUGAGCCUAGAUUUCCAAAGCUGACGUCAAGGCUGUAUGACAAGGUCAUCUCUCUUUAACUCACUAGUCUGGGGUAUCCCUGAACCCUUCCCUCUGUCAGCAUGCAAAUGACUAGAGCAAUAAACCAUUCUGCUGAGAUCGA